CACCCCCCUCUGGUUUUUUUCACAUAUUUUUUUUUUUAAGAGAGAGAAAGUGAAAGCGAAGGAGAGGAGAGAGAGAGAGAGAAAGAGAAAGGAAGAGGUGAAAACAACGGAGCUCCUUAUGAGAUAGAGAGAGAGUGGGAGAGAGAAUCGGAAGCAAACCCUAAUCUCUCUCAUUGAAUGAGUUUCGGCUAAUUUGUCUGUCAUAGCAAUGCAAUUUUGGUGCAUUGUCAAUGUAGGUCAUAUUUUGAUGAUUCAGAAUUUUUCCCCCCAACACUAAAAUGAAACCAAGGGCAAAUGGGGUACCCAGAGCUCAGAAGUCACAGAGUAUUCAGGGUGAAGGGCCAAAUUGGAUUCUCAUUGCUGGUGGUGCCUUGUUAAGUGCAUUAUCAGUUCGCCUUGGUUACAAGCUGAAGCAGGCACUUGAUGUGAGGCAGCAAGACAAUGCUAGUAAUAGUUUGAAAGUUGUUUACCAAUCAGGUAACGGGAAAUCCUCUGACAGAAGGAAGGCUGCUGGCUCCCGUUUGCGUUCUAACGUGUAUUCGUUUACACAAGAAGAUGAUGGCUGCUUCAAUUGCAUUUCAGGUAAUAAUCACUUUGAAACAGGAACUGAAGGCAUCAUGGAGAUAAAGUGCCCACCCAAUGGCCAGAUGAUGACUGAAUCUGAUGGAGCUCUUCCUUUGGUCACAGUUCCCCCUGCUGAUUUUAACAAGGAAAAUGGUGUUAUUUGGUCAUCUUCUCCUGAUCGCCUUGAAUUGCCUCCAAAGCCAUUCCACCAUUCAAACUGCUCGGACUCUCCAUGUGUCUCGGAAUCUGGCUCUGAUAUUUUUAGCAAGCGGGAAGUAAUACAUAAACUGAGGCAGCAGCUGAAGAGAAGAGAUGAUAUGAUACUGGAGAUGCAAGAUCAGAUUUUGGAGUUGCAGAAUUCACUAAAUGCUCAACUGACACAUUCUACACAUCUGCAGUCACAGCUUGAUGCCACAAACAGGGACUUAUUUGAUUCUGAGAGAGAGAUCCAGAGACUGAGGAAGGCAAUAGCAGAUCACUGUGUGGCACAUGCGGGCCCCAAUGACAAGCCCUCCUCACCAACAAUUUGGCCAUCUGAGGCAAGAAAUGGCCAUGCAAAUGGGUAUCUUGAUGGUGAGAGCAAUUUUGAGCAACCAGAGAAAGGAAAGGGAGAUGGGGAGAGGAUUGAGAUGCUUAAGAGAGAAGUAGGAGAUUUGAAGGAGGUGAUAGAAGGGAAAGAAUAUUUACUGCAAAACUACAAGGAGCAAAGGGCUGAGCUUUCCAUGAAGAUCAAGGACUUGCAGAAUAGAUUGGAUUCUCAACUUCCUAAUAUUUUGUAGGCAAUAGUGUAUUCUUGCUUUUUCUCCUUUGCCUUCGUCAUAUCAGGCUCCAAAAUUUGAAGCUUCGAUUUCACUUUCUUUUCCCACAAUAUCUAGUUUAGUUAAAUUUUUUGGUGCUGUGUUACUUGGUGGUGCAUGUGUGCGAGUGUAUAUGAGUGAGAUUUGUGGUUUGAAAGUAAAAGGCAUGCAUAGCUGCAGGGUCAUUAUCUCGA